ACUUCAUCUUCGACUCGCCAGCCAUUGCUGACCUUUCAGAACUCGCCAGCCAUUGCUGAUCUUUAUCCUCUCCGCUUCCCUUUUGUCCCAAUCCCCCAAAUCAAUCCUACUCCACCCCCAUGAUAUCAAUCUCAAUUUCCCAAAAUUUAAAUCCAAAAAAAAAAAAACAAUAAUAUUAAUAAUAAUAAUUUCAAAUUUGCUUUCCCAUUCUUAUCGAUGCAGAGCUCUCCUCCUCCCGCCGCCCUCAAUCCCCGGGCUCCACCGCCCUCCGUCGCCCACUCCCACGUCUUCGACAACUCCCCCUUCUGCUACGUCGUCGCUCUCAUCGCUUUCAUCAGCGUACCCACUUUAGUUUACGCCUUUUUCUUCAGCAUCAGGUGCCCGCGGAACCCCUUCCGCCGGAGAUCGGCCCAGCCUUUGGUACCCACCGCCGUCUUCGCCAGGGGCGGAGGCUACGGCCGCCACCUGGACCUACUGUCGCCGGUUAAGUAUAUGAAGGAGACCCACGUCGCAGACUACGGCAGCGAGUGCCCGGUGUGCCUCUCGCCGUACGCCGACGGCGAACGCGUUCGGCGGCUCAGCUCCUGCAAGCACUCCUUCCACGCUUCUUGUGUUGACAUGUGGCUUUACUCUCACUCCAACUGUCCUGUUUGCCGGGCUUCUGUCGCCGUCAACCGCUGCGGUGCGGCGAUUUCGGCCGCCGGAUAUAAUGAUCUGCAUCAAGGAAACCGUGACAGACUAGGUUAUAAAGCUCUGUGA